AUGGCUGUCGCACUUCAUGGGUGGCACCCCGGUGAGGUCGCCAUACAGCGCCACCUCGGCUUUGCAGAUGCGGUCAGCGAUAGCUGGCCAAUCGUCGCAAGAAGUAUGCCAGAUCAGCAUCGUCUUUUCCACACGUCGAAUUUGAAUUUCAUACCUGUCACCGCAAUCGAUAAACAUGGCCGUCCUUGGGCUUCUAUUAUGGCCGGGCCAGGUGGCGAAAUCGGCUUUGUGACGAGCCCAAGUCGCCAAACAUUAUCAAUCGUCGCUAGUUUAUGGGAUGGUGACCCAAUACUGGAAACUGUAGCUGCGUGGAUGAAAGAUUCUGGUAUAUAUGAGACUGACAAUCACCUGAUUGCUGGUUUGGGUAUUGAGUUCUCGACGAGGAGGCGCAACAAAUUCGCUGGAAGGAUUGAUGACAUCCACCCCUUGGGAACUCGAAUUUUCGAUUUGAAAUCAAUAAACUGUCCUAAAUACAUCAAUGUUCGCAAAUUGGUCCCAUUCGCACACGCACGACCAAAGAUCAUUUAUCAAGUCGAGCAUCUGCAACCAUCCCAGAGGCUUCCGCAGGAUUUGGUUGAUUUUAUCUUGAACGCAGAUACUAUAUUCGUGGGGUCUAUUUACAAAUCUCAGAAGUCUACAGCAUCUCAGUUUCCGUCACACGCAGGAAUGAAUGCCCGAGGUGGCCUACCUGGAUUCCUCCGGGUAAGCCCAUCUGAUGGGCGAACCAUCGUGCUGCCUGACUACUCCGGCAAUCGAUUCGUAUCAAGUCUUGGAAACAUCGAGGCCACGGGUCUGGUUGGAUUCACUAUAGUCUCAUUUACAACGGGAGAUGUCCUCUACAUGACCGGCACAGCCAAGAAUAUCAUCGGCCAAGAGGCUCUCAAAAUAAUGAAAAAACAUGCUGCAAUCACGGUUAUGCAGGUUUCCGGCUUCACUUUCGUGAAAGAUGCCCUGCCUCUUCGUCAACAAGCCGGAACCUCGGUCGAGCGAAGUCCUUACAGUCCCAAGGUCAAGUACCUUGUUGAAGAGUCUGGAGAAGGAUCAAGCGAGAAUGCAGAUUAUAAAGCUGUAUUGGAUAGUGCGGUACAGCUAUCUGAAAAUUUGGCCGUUUUCAAAUUCAAGGUUCCUCCGCACAAAGGAUCAAAAAGGCUUGAAAUCCGACCCGGACAGGCCGUCGUUCUGGACUUUAUGGAUUGGAUUGGACCGCCAAAAUACCAACACAUGUCCAACGCCAAGCCAAGUCUCAUCAAUGAUGACCGAAUACGUACCUGGACAGUCUCAAGUGCCCACGAAGACGGUGAAGCAUCUUGGUUCGAAUUGACCAUGCGCGAACUGAAAAAUGGUGCGGUAACAGGCGCUCUCUUUGAUAUCUUGAGGCAAUCCAAUACGCAAUAUGGCACACCAAUCACCCCAAGGAAACCUGUCGUCGCCGAAGUUGUGGGCAUCACGGGCGACUUCUAUCUUAGGCAAAAUAAUGUCAAUGCACUGUGGGUAGCUGGAGGAAUCGGUAUAACGCCUUUUUUGUCAAUGCUGAGUGCGCUUUCGACGCGAAAUCGGUCGGGCGGGUGUGAUAGUAUAACACUGGCUCUGGCAACAAAAGAGCCAGCCCUCAUGGUGGACCUACUGAGGCCGCUCCUUGCCCAUCUAGCGUCGGACAUUCGAAUCGUGAUUGAUAUUUUCACGCACGUGAAUGGCUUUCAGCUGCCAGAGGAUAUAACUCAAAGGGAAAGCCAGAGACUGUUUAUUCACCACGGUCGGAUCCCCGCUGAGUACUGGAUUAAGACUGCUGAGAAUAAGAAUGUACUUAUUUGUGGUCCGGGCGGGUUCGGAGACUCGGCGACGGAAGGAUUGCAAGCCGCUGGCGUGUCUUUGGAGAGAAUACAACGGGAGGGGUUCUACUAA